CUCUCGUUAGACGGGCGCACGCCGAGUCAGGGGAGCGCGACGGACUGUGGCCUUUCGAGGGCCCUGCGAUGCCUGCGCCUCCACCGAUGGACCCGGGGCCGAGCCGCGCCGAAUCCAGCGAGGCCGGGCUGGGCGAGUCAUCCAAGGUUGCAACCUCCAAGAUGAUCACGUCCGACCACGACUCGUUCGAGCUCAUCUUUAUGAUGCUCAUGGGCAUCCGCACUGCGGUGGGCAAGUUCGCGUCCAAGGAGCUGCCCGCCGAGAUGGGCCCCGCCGAGUUCAACCAGAAUUGGGAGGGCGACUUCCUCGCCUCUGGCACGCCCGAGACGCCUGCGCACAGCCACUCCGACUACCGCUUCAAGGAGUACUCGCCACUCAUAUUUCGGCAGCUGCGCGAGCGCUUCGGAAUCUCGUCGCAGGACUACAUGCUCUCGCUCACGUCGGAGUACGUGCUCGUCGAGAUGUUCACAAACUCCAAGUCGGGCUCCUUCUUCUUCUACUCGGCAGACUACCGCUUUGUCCUCAAGACAUGCACAAAGCGCGAGGCGGCUUUUCUGAUGUCCGCGCUGCCCCCGUACCACCAGCACCUGAUGUCUCACCGGUUCACGCUGCUGUGCCGCUUCUUCGGGCUGCACCGCGUGCAGCAGCGGAGCGGCAAGGUCGUCUACUUCGUCGUGAUGGGCAACAUCUUCCCCAUCGACAAGCCGGCGCCGCCGGCCCAGCCGGCGCUUUCACCGCCGCCUAAGGGCACCGCCACCGCCCUCACCGCCGUCCGGGGCGAGGACAAGAAGAGGCGGCUGCUCGCGCAGGUCAAGAAGGACUGCGAGCUUCUGGAGCGGCUCGAGGUGAUCGACUACUCGAUCCUGAUCGGCAUCCACCGCGCCGGCGCCGACCGCACCCGACGGCGCGUCAUCGCUCGGCCUGCGUGCCCGCGCAUCCCGGCGCCGGCUCUCGGCUCUAGGCGCAACGGCGAAGCGGCCGGCGCGCACGAGCAGCUGCUACGGGAGCAGGCAGCGCGGCGGCCGGCGAGCGCGUCGGAGGAAGGCGCGUUGACGGUCGACAAGGAGGUGUACUACGUCGGUGUGAUCGACAUUCUGUGCGAGUACGGCUUCCAGAAGCAGCUCGAGCACUCGUACAAGGCGGCGUGCCACGACCUCUGA